AUGGACUGUGGCGCAUCUGCCCCUGAGUUCCUUACUCACGUUGUGCAUUCACAUCACGACCAUAUCACAUCGAGGCCAGGCCAGAAGAAGACUUUUGCGGCUCUCAGCAAGCACUACUACUGGCCAGGAAUGCGCGCCUACAGUACUGCUUAUGUUGAGUCAUGCACUCCCUGUCGAGCGUCAAAGUAUCUUAACCAGAAGCCUGCAGGCCUUCUUCAACAGCUCAUCCCUUCUCGUCGAUGGACGCACGUGAAUCUCGACUUUAUCACAGAUCUUCCCCUUACAACGACAGGGCACGACUCGAUUCUUGUCAUGGCCGACUCCCUCAGCAAGAUGGCUCAUUUAAUUCCUGCAAAGAAGUCAUUCACAGCAGCAGACACCGUAGAGCUUCUUGCAGACCGCCUUAUCCGCUAUCAUGGUUUUCCCGAGGUGCACAUAUCGGAUCGCGACCCCCGUUUCCAUUCGGAUCUUUGGAACCAACUCUGUCGCCGCUUUAACAGCAAACGGUGCAUGUCCUCGUCCUACCAUCCCCAAAGCGACGGCCAAACUGAACGGGUUAACCACACACUGGAGCAGAUGCUUCGUACCUAUAUCAUAUCUGACGAAGGCGAGUGGGAGCGCUUGCUUCAGGCCUUGGAACUUGCCUACAACACAAUAAGUCAUUCAUCCACUGAGCUCUCUCCCUUCGAGGUCAUGAUUGGCGAGAACCCGUUGACUGCUGCGGACCUUGAUAUUGUAGACGCGUUAGCUCCUACGCUCACUCCUCCGAUGACUAAGCUUUUCCGGCAGCUCUGCGACAGAGCACAGAGCCACAUUCUGAAGGCGAAAUGGCAGCAAAAGUACUACGCAGACACAAAGCGUCGAGCAGUGGAAUAUGCGGUGGGAGACAAGGUCUGGCUCAGCAGCCAAGCACCUACCCACACCUACCGCCUUUCCACAGCUGCCCUAAGUUCAAGCCCUGUUACUGCGGACCCUUUGCAGUCAGCGAACGCAUAG